GGGCCGCGCAGGAGGAUGGGAGCUGCCCGGGAGGCCGAGGCGCCGCCGCCUCACCGGGAGCCCGAGGGCGACGGCGACGAGGAGCAGCAGCAGGAGGAGGCGAGGGGCCCCGGCGCCGCGAGCCCCUGGAACAUCAUGAUCAAGCACCGGCUGGUGCAGCGGCGAGGACGGCGCUCCCAGAUGAUGACCAGCUUCACAGACCCCGUGGUCUCCAUGGACCUGCUGCGCGCUGUUCUUCAGCCCACCAUCAAUGAGGAGAUCCAGGCUGUCUUCACUAAAUACAUGAAGUUUUUCCAGAAGGCAGCGGGGAACGUGCGGGAGAAUGUCGGGGAGGAGGUAGACACAGAGCAGCUCAUCCAGGAUACCUGCCGGAGCUGCCUGGAGCAGGCCAAGCUGCUGUUCUGUGAUGGCAAGAAGGCUGCCCCGAAGCUUCCCCAUGAUGCCCUGGCAGCCAAGCGUGCCAGGCCGGCAGAGGAGGAAAUGAGCCAGCAGGGAAGCCCCAUGCCCAAAAAGCGCAAGGGGCGCCCCCCCGGGCAGAGCCAGUUCGGCGACCGCGGGACGGUGGGCACGAGCACGUGGAAAGCCAAGUCGUGUGAGCCGGUGCAGAGGGACGGUCCCAAGUGGGAUCCCCUGCGGAUCACCGAGACCACCGCCUUCGUGCUGGGAUCCCGAGCAAACAAAGCCCUCGGGAUGGGCGGGACCAGAGGCAGGCUGUACAUCAAGCACCCCCACCUGUUCAAGUACGCAGCGGACCCUCAGGACAAGCACUGGCUGGCCGAGCAGCAGCACAUGCGCGCCACGGGGGGGAAGAUGGCCUACCUGCUUCUGGAGGAGGACAUUCAGGAUCUGGCCGCUAGCGAUGAGUACAGAGGGUCCCUGGAGCUGAAGCUGGACGAACUGAAGCCCUUCACCCCCCCUCCCUGGAUGACCACCAAGAUGCGGAAGUACAUGGAGACUCUCCGGAGCGAAGGGGAGCACCCGCUGCCCCUGCCCGAGGGGGCCCACAGCGGCGGCACCACCUAGGCCGCUCCCGGCCCUCGUCGCCGGACCCUCAGACCGGCCCCCGCGUGCUGGGGGCGCGAAGCAGCGCGGGGCAGCCACCGGCCGGCCCACUGGGGGGCCCCACGCUCCCUGCUCGUCCUCGUGGUGGCGCCUGCUGUAGGAAGGGCGAAAAUAAUAAACGUGCUUGUGUG